UUUCGACCAUGCAAUUCUCUCCCUCAAAUCCUCCUCCUCUCCAGAACUACUCUCAGCUACUCCACAAUCUCAUCAGCUUUUGCUCCCCCAACGCCGUCGGAGCCACGGAAAUAUUCAACGACCGCCAGCAACAGAGCACUGCAGAGCAGAGGAAACAGAGGAGAAUGGUGUCAAACAGGGAGUCCGCGCGCCGUGCACGUGUGCGUCAGCAGCAGCAGCUCUCCGAGCUUCAGGCACAGGUGGCACAUCUCCGGUCGGCAAACCACCGUCUUCUAAGAGAACUGAACCAGGUCGUGAGAGCGAGGGAGGAGGUCCGGCACGAGAAUGCUUGGAUGGAGGAAGAAGAAACAGAGCUCCGAAGCAAAUUCGCUCGUCUGGAAACACAGUUGAGUUCUAUAAUCUUUAAUAUUGAUUAA